AUGAACGGCUUCACCCCUGAGGAAAUGAGCCGUGGAGGGGACGCGGCUGCAGCUGUAGCCGCUGUGGUCGCCGCCGCCGCCGCCGCGGCCUCGGCUGGGAACGGGUCUGGGGCGGGCGGCGGGGCUGAAGUGCCCGGCGCCGGGGCGGUCUCAGCGGCCGGACCUCCGGGAGCGGCCGGGCCCGGCCCCGGACAACUGUGCUGUCUGCGGGAGGAAGGAGAGCGGUGUAGCCGGGCGGCCGGCAACGCCAGCUUCAGCAAGAGAAUCCAGAAGAGCAUCUCCCAGAAGAAGGUGAAGAUCGAGCUGGACAAGAGUGCAAGACAUCUUUACAUUUGUGAUUAUCAUAAAAACUUAAUUCAGAGUGUUCGGAACAGAAGGAAGAGAAAAGGGAGUGAUGAUGAUGGAGGUGAUUCACCAGUUCAAGAUAUUGAUACUCCAGAGGUUGAUCUGUACCAAUUACAAGUAAAUACACUUAGGAGAUACAAAAGACACUUCAAGUUACCAACCAGACCAGGACUUAAUAAAGCACAGCUUGUUGAAAUAGUUGGUUGCCACUUUAGAUCUAUUCCAGUGAAUGAAAAAGACACCUUAACAUAUUUCAUCUACUCAGUGAAGAAUGACAAGAACAAAUCAGAUCUCAAGGUUGAUAGUGGUGUUCACUAG